AUGACUCGGCAGCAUGGAGAUCCCGAAGAUGAAACUGCCGACGAGCAAUUCACCAACCAGUGCGGCAAGUUCCGGCUUUACUAUUCCAUGUUCGGAAAGGAGGAGGGGUGGUGGAUCAUGGACGACUCUCUGGAAAGUAUCGGCGCCCAGUUGAAUAGCCGAGGGGACGUCAUCGGCUGGUUUGAUAGCAGCCAGGCGGAGUGGCCCCACGGGAGAGGGCUGGAAGGCUACUUGCUGAAGCUGGGCACCCUUGUCUCUGAGCUGCAGAAGACUGUGCCGGAACUGUCAAAGAUUACUUCACGUUCGAAGGCCAUGGUCGCAUGUUAUCCUGGGAAAGGGGCACGAUACAUCAAGCACGUCGACAACGAUGGCAAGCAUGCCCUUUGUAAAACCCGGCUUCUCACGGCACUCAUCUACCUGAAUGAUGGGUGGGAGGAUGGUGAUGGAGGUGAGCUGGCGAUCUUCAAAGCUGAUGACGAGAACGCUCUUCGCAGGGUCGUUCCCCCGAUUGCGAACCGUGUCCUCCUUUUCUGGUCUGAUUGGCGGACACCCCAUGAGGUUCGGCCUUCGGAAAAGCUGCGAUACUCUGUCACUCUUUGGCUUCUGGAUAACACGAAGAAGAGCCCCAUGGCCGAAGAGGGCUACAGUCCGCCACCGUCACAGCCCCCGGCUUCCCCAAAAUCUCUGGAUCUGCAGCACGAGUGGUGUGAGCAGCCGGGGCUUUGGGAGCUCAAAGUGCAGUUUCCUGGCACGGAUUUGGUCGAAUGCCCCGCGCUGGAGCUGUCCGAUGCCCAGGUCCGGCUCGUGCGCGCAGGCGAGUCGGUUCUUUGUCUUCCCCUUCCGGCCGACACGACUGGAUCUCCAGCCUCCAAAUGGUCCAAGAAGAAGCGCACUCUGACAAUUCAGUUCCAGCGCAGCAGCGCAGUGCCGGCUUCACUUAGCUCGGAAUCCUGUUCCGUCUUCGCCGAGCAUCUCGCAUCCCAGGGCUGGGGCAUCAUCGAUGGCUUCUUGCCGGGUCCCCAGGCCGACGAGCUGAGGCGCUUCGUGCUCGAGCAGAGGUCAUCGGGGAAGCUGCAAACAGGCAAAAACUCUCAUGAGGGUCCCAUCAGAUCUCCAGAGGACCUGAAAAGUGCUGAAACUCAGCCCAUGAAAAAUGAUGAGUACACCUUCUGUGAUUCAGAGAGCAUGCAGGCCCAAUGCUUGCGGGACUUGACCCGUCGAUGCAACCAGUUGCUGGGCAAGCUUAUGGUUGGCUCUGGUCCAAACUUGGGAAAGCUUCGGGAAACCAACCUUUUGCAGGGCCAUCCCAUGAUGGCGGUUUACCCCGGGAAUGGAUCAGCGUACGGCAGGCAUCUGGAUUCCACUGCUGGCGGCCGAGGUGCAAACGGAAGAGUGCUGACUCUCGUCCUUUACUUGAACCCUUUCUGGCAUGAGGCCCAUGGAGGCUGUCUGCGGAUACUAAAGCAACUGGCUGACGAUGGCAAGUCCGGCACGGAUGUGGAACCGCUGCAUGGUCGACUCGUUGCAUUCUUCUGCCAAGACCAGAACCCCCACGAGGUUCUCCCAGCUUGGGCGGAACGUGUUGCAGUCACGAUUUGGUACUACGACGGAGAUCGCCUAAAAGAGCGCUGUCUGGGCGACGAAGCGACCCUUACUGGAGUCUUUGAAGGCGGCUAG